AUGGCUGGUACCCAAAGAAACUACAGUAAGACCUCUACUGUCCCUCGUCGUCCCUUCGAAUCCGCACGUCUCGAUCAAGAACUCAAGUUGAUCGGUGAAUUCGGUCUCAAGAACAAGAAGGAAAUCUGGAGAGUUGGUCUUACUCUUUCCAAGAUUCGUCGUGCUGCUCGUGAACUCUUGAAGCUCGAUGAAAAGGAUCCUCGUCGUCUUUUCGAAGGUAACGCCUUGAUUCGUCGUCUUGUUCGUAUUGGUGUCCUUGACGAAUCCCGUAUGAAGCUCGAUUAUGUCUUGGCUUUGAAGAUUGAAGAUUUCUUGGAACGUCGUCUCCAAACCCAAGUUUUCAAGUUGGGUCUUGCCAAGUCCAUUCACCAUGCCCGUGUCUUGAUCCGCCAACGUCACAUUCGUGUUGGUAAGCAAAUUGUCAACGUUCCCUCUUUCAUCGUUCGUUUGGACUCUCAAAAGCACAUCGAUUUCGCUUUGACUUCUCCUUAUGGUGGUGGCCGCGCCGGUCGUGUCAAGAGAAAGAGAGCUGCUUCUGCUGGUGGUGAUGAUGAAGCUGCUGAAGAUGAUGAAGAAUAA